CUUUCUGCUUCGGCGAGUUCGUCAAAACCCCCCAAACGCCAAAACCAAUUCCCGACCUAGAAAUCUAACACGCAGGCAUGCAACAACCCUCGUCCAUCUUCAGUCUCUGCCAGACGGUCAGGACGGCGCACGGUGGCUCAGCCCGCUCAGCAUUCGGACGGCCGGAUGGCACACUGGAGGCUGCUGCUGCUCUAAUUUCUCUUUGGUGGACGGUGGUAAUUGGUAAACUGAGAAGUUUUCUGUGGGGACUCACGGGUGGGGACAAAGUGUGUGGUAAAGAAUUGUAUUGAGUUGUAUGGACAGUACCAUGUAUAAAGAGUAACAACCUUAGAUCUUAUGGGAUGGGGGUAUUACAAUAAGUGACCACUUUGAGAACUUGAAUAGGGACAUCAAAGCAAUAUGAGAGAAUGUAUAAAUACUAGCUCAUACAUUCUGUAAAUCAUCAUAGUAAAUAUACAGAGCAUUAUUCCUGAGUUUGCCUAUUCAUAUAGCUCACGUAUGAAUCAUUCUUUAUGGUAUCAGAGCUUGCAGUAAAGUUACUGCCUUGAUCCACCUACGGCCAGCUUAACCAAAGUCAGAAAAUCCCACUCUCUAUUAAAGCCAAAUGUCUAACCCUCCUGUAACCACACCAGGCUCAUCUUCCUCAAUCUCUCUUGAUUCAGAAUCUACCCAACAACUCAUAUCCCUUAAUGCUUCCUCUCAAAUCCCUCUGAAACUCUCAUAAGACGGCUCUAACUACUCUUCAUGGAAGGCCCAAAUCACCAACUUACUCUUUGGAUAUGAUCUUCUAGGAUUUGUUGAUGGCAGCAAUCAGAAACCAGACAAAUCAUCACCUACAUAUCAUUUCUGGACUAGGCAAGAUCGUCUUGUCCUACUUGUUAUUCAAUCCACCGUAUCAAAUACGGUCAGUCCAAUUAUCAACAGCUGCAUCUCUUCUUCUGAUGCGUGGCAGAAGCUAGAAUCUAGCUUCGCAAACAAAUCCACAACCCGUAUGCUCUCUCUACUCAAUAGCCUUGCUACAACUAAGAAGGCUGGAAAAACAGUGAUGGAAUAUUUCAACACCAUGCGUGGCUUCAUGGAUGAUUUGAUUACCAUCGGUCAUCCUCUUCCCGAUGGACAAAUCAUGUCUUGUAUCCUAUCUGGUUUUGGUUCAGAAUACAAAGAAACUGUUGGAGCCCUACGUGUGCAGCGUGUUCCUCUAUCCUUUGAGGAUCUCCGUGAUCAUUUUCGUCAUGCUGAAAUGCUGGCUGGAGAUACUACCGAAACACCUAUCACAGCCCAUUACACUCAGCGGCGGAACUAUAACAAUAACUAUCACGGUCGCGGUGACUAUAAUAACCGAGGUCGUGGUGGUCGAGGCUGCCCACCUCAGUCUGGCAGCUAUUCCUCUUCUCAACAAUCUUAUCGGAACGGUGAUUCCCAAAAGAUCUUCUCCGGACCUCCCUCUCAGCGCCCUAUCUGUCAAUCGUGUGACAAAAUUGGUCACACAGCCAGACAAUGCCACUCCAGAGGUGUAUUUUCUCCUACUGCAAAUAUGGCAGAUAGCCCAUCUGAUUCCGGCAACAAUCAAAAUUGGCUACUGGACACGGGUGCUAGUGUGCUACGCAUCAUAUAACCUCUGACUUGAACAAUUUGGCUAUCCAUUCUGAUUAUAAUGGCAACGACUCAGUUCUAAUGGGAAAUGGUAAUGGUAUUCCAAUUUCUCAUAUUGGAUCCCCCGGAUCUCAAGAUCGGGGUAUUCUUGGCCCGAGGCCAGAGUAACAACAAUCUCUACACAUGGUCCUUCUCCU